GACGCCCAAGUCCAAGGAUCAAGAACUCUAACUACAGGCAUUGGACUCAAGUUACCUCCUAACACAACGGCAUUACUAAUCGCUUUAGAAGAACCAACCAAUUAUGUAGUUACUAAUCUGAUUACAGAUACGGAGUUCCGAGUAUCAGUGCACGUAAUUGCACCAUUCCCGACCUUGAUCAAUGCAAAACAAGCCAUAGCACGGAUUGUUCUAGUGCAAACUAUCAAUCCGGCUCCAGAAAUAGUCGCCGCAGGACAGAAAGUACAAGAACAACCCUCUCCGUUCCUAAAGACACUCAACCCCGACCAAGAUCAGCAAAUCGAAGACUUAUUGAAACAGUACGAAGAUAUAUUUGCUGCGGACCUCAAAAGCUUAGGCCAAACUACCAUCAUCCGUCACCGAAUAGAUACAGAAGAAGGGAAAGUCGCUUUUUCGAAAAAGUACAAACAAUCAUGGGAAAGCGAAGAUUUCAUCACUGCAGAAGUAGGAAGAAUGUUGGAAGCCAACAUAAUCAAGCG